CGAAACUACAUGCAUAGACGUAACCUCGUUAUCUAUAACAUAACAUAACCUCUUCGGUAUUGAUUAGAGAAUUUUAUUUACAUGUAAUAUUUUUCAAAUGUGUACGUUUGAUAUUCUAAAAAGGUUUAUUAUCGUUGCACGGAAAUUUUGAAUCUUUUUAACGGAACAAAAUGUCUACCCGUUGGUAUCCCUUGUAUCAGAAAGGUAACCCACAACGAAGAAUAUAUCUUCCAAACUUUUGGUUGAAGCUCGUAAAACCAGAACAUAAUCAACCAAAAAAUAUAAUAGAGUUUCACUGUUCAAUGGAAAUGACAAGAUUUGAUGUGAGAAAUUAUUUAGAAAAAAUUUAUAACGUACAUCCUGUGUAUGUGAAUAUGAGAAUUGCUCUUGGAAAAACUUAUAUCCCUCAUGGUUCUAAAUUUGUUGUUAAAGAUGAUGAUGUAAAAAUAGCUUACGUAGCUCUACCUAAAACUGAAACAUUCACAUUCCCUGAUAUAAUCCCUAAAGAUCAAGAAGAUAUUAAUGCAAAAAUAUCACAAAAUUUGGAGGACAACUUUCGUGAAUUUUCAGAAAAGAACAAAACACCUGGUUUUCCUAGCUGGUUUUCACACUCAUGAAUUUAUUAGUUUGGUAUAAAAAUAAAUGACAUCUUAAUUAAA